AUCAGAAAAACUUUUAUUACAAGAAUCAAAAAAUAUAAUAAACCAAGAUUAACAUAGUAUUUAUUACGUUUAGUUUUGUCAGACCGAAGCCCAUUAAGAAGUCCUGACAAUACCAAUAGAUGGUUUUGCCAUGUCAUCUCUUAUUGUUUACCAACAUUCGCCCAAUGCUGUCCUAUUUGCUCCUGGUGUUGGGUGCCUUUUGCUGUCCGUCGGUUUUUGGAGACUGCGAUGACGACGGGAAACAACGAUGUAUGGAAUGUGAGACAAUAGACUUCAGCCUUAAUGAUGCAUACUGCAAACAACCUCUAUUUGUAAAUUUCCUGCCCAAUACCGAGCGUCACUGUUUGAUUGACAACAUCUGCUACACCUACUUCCCUCUGCCGGACGACCCAUACACUUUUAACCUGUACAGGGCUAUUGUCUUCUGUGAUGGUUCAACAAUUAUCGAAACUACAAUAGUAACAGAAUUGGAAAUCGGAAGAUACAGAGGAGGAGAUCCCUACUGUACAUUCACUUCCAACGUUAUCGGAUAUGCUGGAUGUGAUACAUACGUGAUGUACCGGUGCCUACUCUUUGGAGAGUGUACUGAAGACUCCCAGGUUGUUGUGUACGGGCUUUCGCCGAGCUGUCUUCCCUUGGGGAUUUCUUGCACUCAGAAGGUGGCCCAGAUCGUGGAGGAUGCUGGAUUCCCUGAGAUAGAGUUCAUCGCUCUCCCUAUGAAGUUACCUAACCGAUGUGUCACGGAGCAGAUUUGUGUCAACAACAUUGAAGGGAACUUCUUCAGAGCACUUAAUUUACCACUUCCUGAACCUCAAUCUCGUGUAGGUUUUAUUAAUAAAUUUGUUUAACAAA